AUGUCCGAUAUCAAAGAGCUAGCACCAGAUCUCGAAGAACCUGCAUUUGUCUCAUGGAGACAGGUCCAGAUUGAAGCUAAACGUGAAGAAGAAUGGCAGAAUAAGUUGUCUAUUUGGGAAGGUCUGAAGAUUUACAGAACUGCAGUAUUCUGGUCAGUGGUAGCUUCGUCCUGUAUCGUUCAAGAGGCCUACGAUACUCUUCUUCUUGGCUCCCUCUUUGCGCUUCCUGCUUUCAAAGAACAUUUCGGACACGAUGCCGGGGGCACAGCCGGUUAUCAAAUCUCAGCAUCUUGGCAGGCUGGUAUACAGCAGGGAGCCAAUAUGGGGAGUCUGAUGGGCGUUUUCUUGGGGGCUUUUUUGGUGGACCGAUUCGGAUACAAGUAUUCUAUUCUUGGUAAUCUGAUACUGCUGGCUCCAAUCAUCGCGCUCGUCACUUUCGCACCCAAUCUUGGAGCCUUAUUAGCUGGGGAGAUUCUAUGUGGUAUUCCAUGGGGUGUGUUCAGUACCCUUGCUGAAGCAUACGCCUCCGAGAUAUGCCCUCAAGGCCUGCGAGGCUAUUUGACCACCUUUGUAAAUCUGUGCUGGGUACUUGGUCAUUCCAUUGGUGCAGGUGUUCUUCGAGCUGCAAACAACAUCACGGGCAAGUGGUCAUAUCGAAUGCCGUUCGCUGUUCAAUGGGUUUGGAUCCCAAUACUGGUCCCCCUACUCGUCUUCGCUCCUGAAUCGCCCUAUUGGUUUGACCGAAAGGGUAGGUUAGAAAACGCCGAGAAGACUGUCCGCAGAAUCGCUCCGGCUGCUGAACAAGAUCGGGUACAAGAGAUCGUCAGCUCCCUUGUUCGCACGAACCAUUUCGAAAGGGAAGUCAAAGCGGGAACUAGCUUUACUGAUUGCUUCAAGGGUGUCGAUAGACGUCGUACCGAAAUCAGCUGCGUUGUUUGA